AUGUCGGGCCCGGCCCCGGCCUGGGUGCCCACGCACGUGCAGGUGACGGUGCUGCGGGCCCGCGGGCUGCGGGCCAAGGCGGCGGCGGGCGGCGGCGGCAGCGACGCGUACGCCGUGAUGGCGCUGGGCCGGGACAAGUUCUCCACGUCGGUGUCGGAGCGGUGCCAGGGGCAGCCGGUGUGGCGGGAGGAAGCCACGUUCGAGCUGCCGCCGCGGGCCGCCGCGCUCCGCCUCACCGUGCUGCACCGCUCGCUCGUCGGCCUCGACAAGUUCCUGGGCCGCGCCGAGGUGGAUCUGAGCGCGCUGAGGGCCGAGGGCGGCCGGCGGCACUCCAGGUGGUACAAGCUGCGCUCCAAACCAGGGAAGAAAGAAAAGGAGAGAGGGGAGAUCGAGGUGGAUAUCCAGUUCAUGAGGAGCAACAUGACAGCCAGUAUGUUUGAUCUGUCCAUGAAGGACAAGCCUCGCUCUCCCUUUGGCAAGCUCAAAGACAAGCUGAAGGGCAAGAGGAGCAGCGGCCUUUCCGACACGGCCUCUGCGAUCGUGCCCAGCGCCUCGCGCUCCCCCGCCGACAGCGAGGACGAGUCGGUGGAGAAGGAGAAGAAGAAAUCAAAGAUCAAAGCCCUGUUUUCCAAACCUGGCCUGCAGAAGACUUCCCUGUCCCAGUCCAUGUCAGUGCUGCCCACGCAGCAGCCCGUCACCCAGAGGGUUCGGCUUCGGCCCAGCGACUUCCAGCCGCAGUGGGACGACGAGGAGUCCGAGACCUCUCCGACCUCAGAGAAAGCCUUUGGAAGUGCCCUGGAAGAGAAGUUUUCUCCUUCUCCUGUAUUUAGAUCUCGUAAAACAGCCACUUUGGACAGCAGGCAACCAAACCAAGCAGCCAGUAACCACACCAAGAAAGAAGGGCUCUCGUUAUUCAGCGGCCUUAAAUCCAAAAGUGAUCCCGUGUCCAAGUCCAGCCUGUGUAUCAAUGGCAGCCACGUCUACAUGGAAGAGAGCACGGCGAAGGACAACACUCCAGCAUCGUCCCCCUCUCCUCACAACUUCAGGAGGAAGCAGCUCUUUGCCUCAGAGGAGAACUUGUCUUCCAGAUCCACUAAAGGGCCUGAGGAGACAGGAGGAACAUCUCCCAGCCACGCUUUCUCUGGGUCUGCGUCUUUGGAGACCUUCAAGUCUAUGACUUUGCCAUCGUACAAACUGCUUAGUGGUGAGGAAUCCCUGGACACCAGCUCUGCCCCGAGCGUGGAGGUCGUUAAAGAGACCAAGAAACAGGACCACAAGAAAUCUGCCUUGCUCUCUCUGGUCACUGGCAAGAAGGAAGCAGUGAAGGCCAGUGACGCUGAGAACAUUCCCAACAAGGCGCUGCAGGAUGAGGACAACAAAGUCCCAGAAGAGAAGAGUGAACAAGAGGCCAAAGAGCUGGAACUUCCAUCAGCUGUGAGCAGAGAGGCUCCCCCAGAGGACAGGCAGGGCACAGGGGAUGUCCUCCCCAGCAAACAGUCGCUCAACCCUUUCGAGGAAGAGUGGAAACCUGAGAAAGCUGCUGCACCAGCAAAGACCAAAGCUGUCAGGCCCAGACUGGGCGUGACUUCAGAGGAGGAAACCAAAGCCAAGCUUCCUACUCUUGCACCUGACUCCCUUCCUGCUCUCCUUUCUGUACACCUUACCAGGAGUGACAAUAAUCCUUUUACUUCCAAAAGGAGGCAGAAUGUCCAAGUGCCAGGCUCUGAAAGCAUUGCUAGUUCUCCUGCCUCUCUCACCUCUCCUUUUGCUGCAGAGCUUUUGAAUGGCAAGAACCCCUUUGCUCCCCAGUGGGACAGGGCAGCUGCAGCCCUGGAGCCCGAAGGCCAUGCCCAUUCCCCUUCUUCCCACCACCCUGCAGCCUCUGUUCCCAAAGCCUCUCUCCUUGGGCAGGUCUCUGGUAGUGCUAAUAAUCCUUUUUCUUCUGAGUGGAGGCAGAGCUCUUGGGGCCAGGGCCCUGAGGGCUCUGAUACGAGGGCUGCCCGGGGCCUUUCUCUCCCACCUGCACCUUCUGAGCCCUCUGAGUGGCAGCUGGAUGACAGUAAUCCCUUUGUGGCCAAGCCUGGGUGGGAAGCAGAUGCUCCAGGUUGCAAAGCUGUUGCUGGUUCUUCCCCUUCCUGCCUUCCUCCUGAUGAAGACUGUUCCUCAGCAGAACACCCUGCUGAGCUGGGUGCUCCAGGGAGCUCCUCAGAUGUGGCUUUAGCUGAUCAUGUCAAAGCAAUAUCAAACCCUCUCAGCAGCCUUUCUGCCAGCCCUGCUGUGGCUCCAGCAGAGCAGUGCCCUUCUCCCCAGCUGCAGGUUGAGGCUUUGAGGAGUGAGCUAGGCAAGAGGGGCUCUGUGUCCUUCCUUCUUGGUGAGUCGGCGGGGGGUGAGGAUUUGGGUGGGCAGGGACACGAAGGGCAGGACUCUCAUUGCAGUGACGUGUCCCUGUGGGCUCCAGGUGUGAGAGGAGAGCGAGCAGGGCUUGCUGGGGCAGUGGAUGAAGGCUGCUGCUCAUCCUCACCGCUCUCUGGUGCCAGCCUGGGGCCUGCCCGAGGGAGUGAGAGGGCUGUGCAGGCGGGUGUGGAUGCAGGAGGUGUAGGCAGUGGCUCCUGCACACAGGACAGCACAGGCCUGGCUCCUCUCUCCAGGUGCAGUAGCAGCCCCUUGCCAGAGGCUGAGCAGCCUCCUUCCCCCGAGAGGGAGCUGGAGGGGCAGGAGAGCUGUGGUGAGAAGAGACGGGGAGAAGCUGCUCCCACCUUGGGGCCUCAGGCAACUGCACUCGAUAAAAAGGACUCAUUUUGUCAAGUCAGAGCUGCCAGGGGCAGAGUGGGGGCUCUCACACCGUGCCCUGGGGAAGCUCAGGCGGGCAGGGCUGCCGGGGAGGCGGCUGUGCCAACGCCAGCACCGCGCCUGUCCUCCCUGAGGAAGAGCCCACGGGUUUCUCAGGCUGAUGGGUUCAGUGGAGAUGAACCUUUCUCAGCUGAGGGAGUAAAACCUGUGCCUGGGCUCCCAGCACCUGAUGAGGAAGCCUCAGAUGCUCGUGGGUGCCUCCCCCAGCGUGUCUCAUCAGAGCCCACCGCUCCCCCAGCGACGCUCAGACGGGGCAGCAGCAGCAGGCCUCUCAGACAAGGAGAUGAUGAUGAAUUACUUGAGCAUCUUACAAAUCUAAAGCCUGCUGUUCCCAUUGCUGCAGACCAUGGCUCCAAACUGGCCAGUCUUCCAGUUAUCCUGGAGGGAGGCUCUGAUGAUGAGCUGCUGGGUGAGGGUCAGGAGAGCCAUGGUGUCACUGCAGGUGAUAAAAACGGUUCAGGGACUGGAAAGCAGCCCCCAGAUUUAACAGUGCCUUUGCAUGGAGAACUGGAAGAGCACUCUUAUGGUUCUGCUGCAGCCCAAGUAACCCUGGUUGCUCCAGGAGAAGGAGGAAGUGCUCCUAGUGCUUGUAAGUCAGGGAACUCACCUGUGCUGCCUGCUAGAGUGGCUGUUCACAGUGUCAACAGGCAGGGAGCUGGCUCAGGUGUAGGUACAACAUCUCAUCCCAGGGACAGUAUUGAGGAACAAGAACUGAAAAUGAGUGCAGGUGUUGAGGAGUGUGCAGAGUGUGACUUCUCUGAGCCUUCUGUUUCCUCUUCCUCCCUCUCAAGUCCUUCCCAGCCCUACUCUUCUCACUCCCUUCUCUCUGACACCCUGAGUCAUAGAGCAGAGCCUCCGAAAAAGCCAACAGCCGAGGGCUUCGCAGCUAAAGCAGGAGAUUCUGGCAAGAAGAAGCUUCUUCAGGCCUGGGUUUCACCCUCUGAAACAUACCCUAACCAAACUCAGCAGGGUGGUGAAACCCUGGCUCCUAAGCACAGACCUCAUCCAGUGAAGCCAAUGAACACCACAGCAAACAAGGCUCCCAGCAAAAACCUGAAUGUCAGCAGCAUGAGUGAGAAGCUGCUCGAGGUGAAUGUGAAGAGGUACGACCCUGGAGACCCUGCCUAUGCUUAUGCUCAGCUGACACACGAUGAGCUGAUCCAGCUGGUCUUGAAACAGAAGGACACCAUUUCCAGGAAGGACCUGCAGGUGCGUGAGCUCGAGGACUACAUCGAUAACUUGCUUGUCAGGGUCAUGGAAGAAACCCCAAACAUCCUUCGUGUUUCAACCUCUGGGAACAAAAAGGCUGGAAAGAUGUAAAAGCUUUUGGGUGAGAGCUCUGGGUGAGCAAAGGUCCAAACUCCCACCAGUGGAGUUUGGCUGAGGAGGAGAUGAUGAGAGGUGAGUGGCACCAGUCGUGCUGCCCACAGACAACAACCUCUUCCCUGCUCCUGCCUUGAGCAGCUCUCAGAUUGAUCACUAGUCACAUCAGGUCUUGUGGAUGGAGUCCAGGAGUUGGCAUCACCUUAGCUUAUUUAUUCCUUGGUUUCUUUCUGUGGUUUGGGAGGAUUUGUUCAGCAUCUGCUCCAAAGGCUGGUUGUGUGGGAAGGAUGAAGGGCUCUGGAUGUGUUUCACUCACCAGCAAGGCACUGAUGAUCCUUUCUGGACAUUGUAAUGGUUUUGGUUCGUAGCAGCUUUAGUAGAUCAAUUACUCUCCUUUCCAUAUCUGAAGUUGUAGUGCAAUAUAAAACCUUGUGCAGUAGAGCCUGAGGAUUUGAUUGUUGUUCAAAUAAUUAGUCAUAACUACACUGGAGAAGUCCAAGGACGUGUGUGUGUGCUUCAGACCAGGGCUGUCUGUCAAAGGUAAUUAACACCCUAAAACUGAAUGCAGUUAACCCUGAGCUUGGAAAGCAAGAAGCAAAGCUUAGUUCAUGCCUGAAGUACGUUUUGCUUCAGAGCAGUUCUCCAAGGGGAAGGUUUGUGGGUUGUUUGGGGCUGGGAACCACUGAGAUGUCUCAGGACGUUUGCCUGCCGCAGGGAUGGCAGCAGUGAGGGCAGUUGCAAUCAGAAGCUGUUCUCCUGCGGACUCCAAAUCCCUGAUUGAAGGCUGUUCCAAGGGGGGGGCAAAGCUACACCCAGUUUCCCUUCUGUGGUCUGAAGUAGGUGUGUGUGUCAGAGCACACCUGCUCUGGCUCUAGGGGGCACUUCUGCCACCCUUUUGCUUUUACACCAUUGCUGUUGGUUGAAGUUAAAUAGCUUGGGUUUGGGAGCUGGGGCUUUCCUUGGAACAACCUUCAAAGGUGAUCAGUCUUCAGUGCUUUUGGGCAUUCCUUUACCCAGCCAGAGAGGACCCAAACUGCCCUCCCCAGGGCUGGCACAAGCCACAGCUUGGCUGCUGCUGCAAUCUCAGACCUUUUUGUGCCUUGCUGCUCAGAAUGGAGUCAAACCUUUCUGUAGCUUAGAGAGAGCUGGUUUUUGCUGGGCAGUCCAGACAUGUGCUUCCUUCACAUGUGGCAGCUUUACAGCUCAGCAGAGCCAGGCCUGUUCUCCUCCCCACCUCACUGGACAGCAGCUGGCAGCAGAGUGAUGCCCAUCCACCACGGGACUUCCUCCCCUGAAACACUACAUGCAGCUUAUUCUCUGGCAAGCUCUUGUCACCGAUCAAAACAAUCAGAUGCCCCUCUGCACCCCUGAGGUUUGUCAGGGUUGCCAGAGGCCACAAAAGGCUUAGAAGAAAGGUGAAAUAAGCAAUGGGUAGCAGAGGACCAAAGCAAAAGCUUCUGCCUUUGGAGUCUGAAAGGGCCUGUUGGGUCUCUCCUGGCUCAGCAUGGACAGAGGGAGUUGCUGAUGUGGAUUUUUUCUACAGCAAAGCACUUUAUUGAGGGACUGGACCAGCUGGAUCCACCAUCAGCCUGGCAGGAGCCUGCUUGCUAUUGUCACAAAACACUGCAAACCACUGGAGGCUCCUCAGACACUGCUUUUGUAGCACAGAGCAGUGCUUUGCCUGGAGAUGUAGACAGGAAUGGAAAAAUCAGACAAAAGAAAUGCUGCUUGUUGCAUUUUUAUUACUGUAAACUGACUAAUUACCAAAGCCUGGAGCUUUGCUGACAGAGCUGUCCUUCGUGGGAAGCUUGAGUUGUAACAAGCCUUCAGAGUCUCCUAAGACUCUUUCUAAGUGGUACUGUACCUUCUCAGAGGGUCCCUCUCCUUCUCAGAGGGUUCCCCACCUUCUCAGAGGUCCUUCCAGGUAUCUCUUUCUAAUGUGAUUUCUGUUUGAGUGGGUUGUUUCUCUCCUGUGCCCUGUUCUGUGAACGCUGGGUCAGGAAGGCAGAAGGUCAUAACAGCAGCUCUUGGCUGGUGGCUUUGAUUUGGAGUGGUACUGCUUGGCCUUAACUGGAAACUGCUGCUGCUGCUGGUGCCUUGGUGAGGAAGAUGAAGGAUUAAUUUGUUUCCUCCCAUUGCCUCUGUGGAUCUCUGGAGAGAAUCACUUGCCUUAUACCUCACAAACAGACUUGUCUUCUAGACUUUAUCCCCCAGCUUUCUGAUGUUCCAGGUCAGAGAGUCAGGAGAACCAGUCUGUGCCUUUUGAUCAGUGCUGUGAUGGUUCAAGCAAGAACUGGUGUCACAGCUGGUGAGAAGUGGCCAGGUGGGAAGCGAGACUGGGCUCCCUCUUCUUGCUUGUGUUGGAACACUAAGGGUACUGCUGAAGGCACUGCAGAGCCCUGUGUGAUGCUUUCAGGGGGAUGUGCACUAUGGGGCAGAAGCAAAGUGGCAGUUUUAACAGUCUCCUUGUAGAGGAAGCUUUAAAAGCUGUCCCCAUAGAGGUAACAGCCCUGUAGCAUCCUCCCCUGGCAGCUCUGGGGCCAGUUACAGCCCUGCCUGGUGGGCUGGACCCCCAGGUUGUGUGUGGCUUUUGGCCCUGGGGCUGUUCCUGCUGCAGGGUCACAUCCUGCUCCCGCCACACUUUGCCUUCCAUGGCUCUGAAAGCAUCACCCCAACCUUGUACCUCACUCUUUUAUGGGUACUACUAGUUAAAACCUUUCUGGGGCAGGAGGGGACCUGUGUUUUAUGUGCAGCAAGGUGCUUCACCUUGACUUUAAGGGCCUUAAGGAUCAAAUUGUUUUAUUGUUGUAUCAUUGAAGGAUCUGAAUGUGUUUUCCCUUGUUUGUACUCUCUGCUUUUAGCUUGGACACCUGUUUGUUUUUAAAUGCCUUUGGGUUUCAUGGGACACUACAAUAAAAAGACU